AGGCGGGGCGGGGAGGAGGCGGAAAGCAGAGGCUCCUGAAGUCGCUUGGUGCAGUUAGGUGCUUUCCUGCUGGAUGCUCGGAUGGGCAGGAGGAGCCUCCCCCCGGAGAGCCCGGCAGGCAGCCAGCCUCUUCCUCCUCUCCAUUUAACGGGCACUUGUGAGCGCUGACAGCACUGAGGGGUCCUCGCUUUUGCCAUACGCAGGCGGGACUGAGAAGAUUCAUUUUGUUUUCCCCCACGCAGAGUGGCUCGGAUUUGUCAGAGGGAAAUGCUGCAGCAUGAACUCACCGCCUAGAGAGAAGGGAUCGCACCUCCUCGGCACCGCUCCCUGAGCCAGCCCCACAGCAGCCGUCCGGCGGGCAGCCUGCACGGGGCACGGCCGCCGGGAGCAGCCCAGCCCCGCCGCUCGGCCACCGGCUCCGGCGGGAUGCGCUCGUCGCCGCCUUCAUGCCAGAAGCGGGGACUCUGAAUCGCUGCUCCGCGCCCUGCGAGACUCUCGGGCAAGGACCCCGGGCAGCGGCGGGGCCCCGCGGCGGGGCCCGCUCCGGAGCCAUCCACGUGUCACCCGCUCCCCUGUGAAGACGCCCGCUCCAGCCGGUGGAGCGGAGGAGCAUCCCUGAGCCUUUCGCCGCAGACGCCAGCGACGCUCCCCGGGGCGGCGGCGGGUCCCGGUGCCCCAUGGUGCUGCUGCGGAAGCUGCCGGGCGUGCCGGGGUGGCCGGCGGCGCUGGGGCUGCGGCUGCCGCAGAAGUUCCUAUUCCUGCUUUUCCUCUCGGGCCUGCUCACGCUGUGCUUCGGGGCCCUCUUCCUCCUGCCCGAUUCCUCCCGCUUCAAGCGCCUGUUCCUGCCCCGCCGGACCACCACCGCCGCCUCCUCCUCCUCCUCUUCUUCUUCCUCCGCCUCCUCCUCCUCAGCCUCCUCCUCCUCCACCCGCGACACCGACCUGCCCCGCAGCCCCCCCGCCGCCGCCGAGCCCCGCCACGCCAGCCCCGCUGCCCCCCGCCGCCUCCGGGAGAAGCUCCGCACCGCCGCCCGCAUGGCCGGCCCGCCGGCCCGCACGGGCUCCCGCCAGCAGGUGCAGGGCGGCGAGCGGCCAGCCCAGCCCGCCACCGGAGAGCCCCCCGCCGCCCGGGAGACGCGGGCUCCGCUGCGCUUCGACUACGAGCGGUUUCGCCGGAGCCUCCGCCACCCGGUGCGGGGCCGGCAGCACGACGAGGAUCCCGAGACCCGCACUCGCAGGCUGAAGAUUAAAGAGAUGAUGAAAUUUGCCUGGGAUAACUACAAACAAUAUGCACUUGGAAAAAAUGAGCUGCGCCCGCUGACAAAGAACGGCCACAUUGGGAACAUGUUUGGAGGCCUUCGAGGAGCUACAGUGGUAGAUGCCUUAGAUACUCUGUACAUCAUGGAACUCGAGGAGGAAUUCCAAGAAGCAAAGAAGUGGGUGGAGAAGAGCUUUGACUUGAAUGUGAACGGGGAAGCGUCCUUGUUUGAGGUGAACAUCCGCUACAUUGGAGGACUGUUGGCCACCUACUACUUGACUGGAGAAGAGGUGUUCAAGAGUAAAGCCCUGGAACUUGGAGAGAAACUUUUGCCAGCUUUUAACACCCCCACUGGUAUCCCCCGUGGCGUCAUAAAUCUGGGCAGCGGCAUGAGUUGGAGCUGGGGUUGGGCAUCUGCUGGAAGCAGCAUCUUGGCAGAAUUUGGGACCUUGCACUUGGAAUUCCUGCACCUCUCGGAGCUCUCUGGCAACCCAGUGUUUGCAGAAAAGGUGAUGAACAUCCGCAAAGUCCUGAACAGAGUUGAGAAGCCCCAGGGCCUUUAUCCCAACUUUCUCAGCCCAGUGACAGGGAACUGGGUGCAGCACCAUGUCUCCAUUGGGGGGCUUGGGGACAGCUUUUAUGAGUAUCUCAUCAAAUCUUGGCUGAUGUCAGACAAGAAAGACUCUGAAGCUAAAAGGAUGUAUGAUGAUGCACUGGAGGCAAUAGAAAAGCAUUUGGUCAAGAAGUCUGCUGGAGGAUUGACCUACAUUGCUGAAUGGAGGGGUGGUGUCUUGGACCACAAAAUGGGCCACUUGGCUUGCUUCUCUGGGGGCAUGAUAGCACUUGGAGCUGAGCAUGCUGGAGCAGAGAGGAGGCAGCACUACAUGGACCUGGCUGCAGAAAUAACCAACACCUGUCAUGAGUCUUACGAACGCUCAGAUACCAAACUGGGCCCUGAAGCCUUUCGCUUUGAUGCUGGAACCGAAGCCAUGGCAACCAGGCUCAGCGAGCGCUACUACAUCCUACGACCAGAGGUGGUGGAAAGCUACAUGUACAUGUGGAGGCUGACACACCACCCCAAGUACAGGCAGUGGGGCUGGGAGGUUGUGGAGGCCCUGGAAAAAUACUGUAGAGUAGAAGCUGGGUUUUCUGGCAUCCGAGAUGUUUACACCUCAACCCCAACCCAUGACAACAUGCAACAGAGUUUUUUCCUCGCAGAGACUCUGAAGUACCUCUAUCUUCUGUUCUGUGAAGAUGACGUGCUGUCCCUGGACGACUGGGUGUUCAACACUGAGGCUCACCCCCUGCCCAUCAACCACACGAACUUUAAAGCAAGUGUGCAGUAGUGAGGCUGUUGCCCAGCACCCUGCUCCUGCAGCCUCGGUGGGUUACUGCAUUUCCUUUCCAUUAAAGGAAUUUGUCUUGUUCCUAAAAUGAUAUUUUGGGGCACUAGUCCAAUUCCGGACAGUAUUAUAUUGGAGAGAUGAAACCAUGACAUAAGCACCUUCUUUUCCUCUGUGAGGAGCUUUAUUAGCCUGAUAAUGAGAUGUUUAUUCUGGGCCAUAUUGUACACAGUUCAUAGACAUUCCUUUAUACAGAGAAUUUAUAUGAAAUCCACUGACUUUGCUUUAUAGUGGCCAAAGGACUGGAAGUUUGCCAUAAAAUAGACUUCACACACACACACACACACACACACACCCCUUUGUAUUUCUGUUUCGUUUUUGCCUUUUAAAUGCUCUUGGAUUUAUCACCUUUCUAAUUAACAGUUUUCAAUAGACUGUGCUUUCUAGGUGGUAGGAUUUCUAGGCUCCUUAGGAAGGACAGGCUAGGAGAACAAGGAAGGAGAGUUGUCCUUUGUGUGGGAGAGCAGCUGGAGUGCAUGGAGGUCUGGCUGGGGAUGGACAAGGAGCUGACUGAGAGGAUUAAAGAGAGGACAGCCAAAAGUGACAGUAUCGUGGGUGUCUGCUACAGGCCACCUGAGCAGGAAGAACAAGUAGACCAGGCUCUACAGACAGAUACAGGCAGCCUGAGGUUUGAAUUUGCAGGCCCUGGUCUUCAUGGGGCUCCUUGGGGAUGUGAACAUCAGAGGCAGCUUUGACUGCAGUGAUUAUGAGAUGGAUGGUGGAGUUCAGCAUCCUGAGGGGAGGAAGGAGGGUGAAAAGCAAGCUCAUAACCCUGGACUUGAGGUCAGCAGACUCAAACCAGGACAGACUCUUAAAAGAUCUGCUUAGAAAAGCCCCAUGGGAUAAGACCCUGAAUGAAAGAGGGGUUUGAGAAAGCAAAUUAAUAUUCAAGAAUCAUGUCCUCCAAGCUCAAGAGAGUUCCAUUCCAAUGUGCAGGAAGUCAGGCAAAAAGCCAGGAGGCCUGUGUGGAUGAACAGAGAACAGGAAUGAUCUGGAUGGUGGGGCACAGUUUGCUGCUGACACAAAACCAGGAGGGGUGGCUGAUACACCAGAGGGUCAUGCUGACAUCCAGAGGGACCUCAACAGGCUGGAGAAAUGGACUGAAAAGAACCUAGUGAAGUUCAACAAGCAAAGUCCUGCACCUGGGAGGGGACAACCCCAUGCACCAGUGUGUGCUGGGGCACCUAGCUGGGCAGCAGCUCAGUAGAAAAGGAUCUAGGGGUCCUGUGGACACCAAAUUGACCACAAGCCAUCAAUGUGCCUUUGCUGCAGAGAAGGCUGGUGGUAUCCUGGGCUGCUUUAGACAGGGUGAGGGAGGAUCCUUCCCCUCUGCUCAGCACUGGGGAGGCCACCCCUGUUGUGCUGUGUCCAGUUCCAGGCUCAUCAGUACAAGAGAGACAUGGACAUAAUGGAGAGAGUCCAACAAAGGGCUGUGAAGAUCAUGAAGGAACUGGAACAUCUCUCCUCUGAGGAAAGGCUGGGGCUGCUUGGCCUAGAGAAGAGGAGGCUCAGGGGGAUCUUACCCAUGUAUAUAAAUACCUGAAGGGAGGGUGCAAAGAGGACAGAGCCAGACUUUUCUCAGUGGUGCCCAGUGAUGGUACCAGAGAUACAACCUCAACCACAGGAGGGUCCCUCUGAACAUGAGGAAACACUUCUUUACUCUGAGGGUGACCAAGCUGUGGCACAGGUUGCCCAGGGAUGCUGUGGAGCUUCCAUCCUUGGAGAUACGGAAGAGCCACCUGGACAUGGUCCUGGACAAGUGGCUCUGGGUGGCCCUGCUUGAGCAGGGUUGGAGGUUGGACCUCCAGAGGUCCCUGCCAGCCUCAACCAUUCUGUGAUUCUGUGAUUGUGGUGUCAAAAUUGUAGCUAAAUCAAGACCUGUCUGCAAAAUUCUUGAUCCUAAUGUAUUUUUGUAUACUUUUUCUCUGCUCUUAAAACAGAUUUGCCACACGUCACAUCGCGUUUCACUUCCCUCCAUCGUUUUUGUGUUUUUCUACUUUUAUUUGGAACUAAAUGUUAUGAGUCACUUGUAAUAAUUUCACUGCUGCAAUAGUCAAAUCUGUGAAACAGAAUAAAAGUCUUGUAAAAUAAAAAA